AUGGGUACUUAUCUCUCUACUCCCAAUAUACAAAAAAAUACUAUUGUAGGCCAUCAUCAGUCAAUAAGGUAACUUUUAUCCAGCUAUGCCGCUUCAGAUAUGCAAGGUUGGCGUACUUCAAUGGAAGACUCCAAAAUUAUAGAAUUAUCCUUAGGUGGAGAUGGGAUGCUAUUUGGAGUUUAUGACGGUCAUGGCGGCAAAGAAGUCGCAAUCUUUGUCUCACGUCAUUUUUGUGAUGUAUUACUACAAAAUGAAAACUAUAAGAAAGGCUCAUAUGAGCUUGCAUUGCAGGAAACCUAUUUGAAUAUGGACGAGCUUUUAUUUUCUACAGAAUCCAAAAUAGAAUUAGCAAGAAUAGUUGCUGAUUUGCCUGAAGACGAAAAAGAAGACAAUGGAGAGCAAGAGGCAGAUUUGGUUGGAUGUACAGCUGUAACUGCACUUAUAAAAAAUAAUCGGAUUAUUGUGGCAAAUGCUGGGGAUUCGAGGUGCAUUUUAGCGAAAAACGGGGAAGCAAUUGCAAUGUCUCAUGAUCAUAAGCCGGAUAAUGAAAUAGAAUUUAAUCGGAUUACAAAUGCAAAAGGAUGGGUGCAAGGCGGGAGAGUUAUGGGGAAUUUGAAUUUAAGUAUAUUUUUAAGAAAAACCUCUGACAGUCUUUAUAAGCUAGAAAUUAUUUUUAAAAAUAAAUUAUGAUAUAGGUUUUAUAAAGAUUAUUAUUGUUUAUUAUAGUAAAUUAUAGAUGUAUUGGAGAUUUGGAAUAUAAGAAAAAUGAUGGACUCCCACCAUGUGGCCAAAUGUUAACAUCUUUUCCAGAUAUAGCUGUUUAUGAAAUUACACCAGACUGCGAUUUUUUGGUUUUAGCUUGUGAUGGAAUUUGGGACAUGCUAACAAAUCAAAAUUGUGUAAACUUGAUAUAUGAAGGGAUGAGAAACAAUAAAACAAUUAACGUGAUUGCUGAAGAAAUUUUAGACCAAUGCUUAGCUGAGGAAGCAGGAGGCCCAGGAUGUGACAAUAUGACUCUUAUUAUAGUAAAACUCCAUGAAUAA